CGGGUCCACUUCCUGAACAUGUUGAACUUAAGUCACGAGUAACUUCUUGUCUUCGGUCGUGUUUUAUAUCAUUUUGCUUCAAGCUUUUAGAUCAAUCAAGGGAAAAGAUGGGAAGAUGUUCAACGAAGAAGGUGUUUCUGAUUCAGAGUCCGAUCCUGUUUCUCCAUCUCUUGAUCUCCUUCUCAUCCGGUGCAUUGAAACCGGAUUUGAAAGGAGUAUGCGUUUCUAAAGGAGGGAGGUUUCCACCAUAUGAAUCAGAAGGAAAGCCUCCUAAACCCGUUGGUAAAGGAUCAAAGGAUCUAACUUUGUGUGGAGUGUUCCGUAAAAGGACCUGUUGCUCUCCUGCUCAGACGAACCCAGCUUUCGUAGCUGUCAGAAACUUGGCUACUUUUGGGGAAGCUAGUCAAGAUUGUCUGAAUCUGUUCGAGCUAUUGGAGUGUUCGAUCUGUAACCCCAACGUUGGAAUUCAACCGGGUCCUCCACGCAUUUGCGCUUCCUUCUGUAACAAAGUCUUCGAAGCUUGCAAAGACGCAUACUUCGCCAGUAAUGCACUUACACAGAUGAUUGGCCCAUGUGGAGUAAACGACAUCAUCUGCGUUAAAACGUUAAAGUGGGAGUCUAACGGCACAUCGUUCUGCGAAGCAGCUGGUUUCUCUGUUCAAACAAAAGAUGAUUCUAGAGAAGAACCGUGUUAUGGAAGCAAAGCAAGUCUACAAUCGGUGGUGGAGUCACGGCCGCCGAGAGUCUCCAGAAAGAAGAAGAAAAGGUCCCCUUUGAAGACUGAGACUUUAUCAUGUUUUAAAGAUCUUUUGCAAUGGGUUCGCGUAAGGACAACGAUUCAGAAGGUUUCGUUGGGUGUGUCGUUUCUUGUAGCAGGAAUGUUCUUGAUCAGGGGUUACAGGCAAUGGAAUAACCGGAACCGGAAGCAGAGGCUAGCUGCUAGACGACUGGGAGGAAAGGCGAACGGGAAUUCAUACAGUGCAGCUAUAAAUAGAAGAGUAGUUCAAAGUUGAUUUAUCUUUUCACCAACGAACAACCUGAGUAAAAAGCUUAUGGCAGAAUAUUUUACUGCAGUAGUGGGCAAACUGUUAUCAAAAAGUCGAACCUUCUUUUCUCAAGUAAAGUGUUGCCAAAUGCGAGAAGUACUA